AUGCGGGAGCUGCUGUCGGCCGCGCCGCCCCCCUCCCCGCCCGCGCCGCUCGACGUCGAGCACGUGUCCGGCUGCGCGCCGCCCGCCCUGUCGCCGCCCGCCGCCGGCCGCGAGUCCGACGUCGAGAGCGAUCCCGACGAUGCCGACGAGGAAGACGCGUGGGAGGAGCGCGUGGUGUCACAAGCGCCGAGUGCGGCACACGCGCGACUCGCACACGCCGCGAUAGACGCUUUGCGCGAGCUCCGUCUGGCUCGGCUGGCGCACGCGGGGUCGGAGACGCGGGGUUGCGGGGCGCCGAUGCGACGCGAGCAGGCGCGCGCGGCGGCGCGGCGGCUGCGGCGCGAGCUGGCGCCGCUGUGGGCGGGCGGGCGCGCGGCGGGCUGGCUGCACGGCGCGCUGUGGGGCGCGCUGCCGCGGCGCGAGCGCGCUCUGUACGAGGAGGUGGUCGCGGAGCUGCGGCGGUCGGUGCCGCGGCUGGCGGAGCGACUCUCGCCGUCGGCGGCCGAGGUGCCGCCCGACCCCCUGGAGCCCGCCGACAUCGGUGAGGUCGAUCGUGCCACCGAUUACGGCUAUGAAGUCGGCAAUCGCGCGCCGUGCGACGGCGACGGUGACGGCGAGGACCGCGCGCUGCUGGUGUGGGUGACGGGCGCGGGGGGCGGGGAGGGGACGGACGCGCGGUGGCUGCGGCACCUGCGGCCCCUGCUGGAGACGCGGGAGCUGCGCGCCACGCCCGCCGAGCGCCGGUUGGUGCCGGAGCGCUGGUGCGCGGCGAGCGCGGCGACGGCGCGGUGCCAACUCGAGGAGCUGCUCGCCGACGCCGGAGAGCGGCCGGUGGUGCUGGGCGGGUGCGGGGCGGGCGCGGCGCUGGCGGCGGCGCUGGCGGCGGGCGGGGCGGCGGGCGGGGCGAGGGCGCGGGCGCUGCUGCUGCUGGCGCCGCCGCUGCUGACGGCGGAGGGUCCGCGGGACGAGCCCGACGACGUCCUGCACGAGUUGAGGAUGCCGAUGCUGGUGGUGUGCGGCGGCGGCGGGGCGGCGUGCGGGCGCGGCGCGGCGGCGGAGCUGUGCGCGCGCGGGGGGCGCGGGGGGCGCGGCGGGCGGCGCCUGGUGGUGCUGGGGGGCGCGGACGGGGCGCUGCGGGUGCCGGGUGCGCUGCGCCGUCGCCUGCGCCUGCCGCAGCACGCACUGGACGCGGCGGUGGCGGACGAGUGCGCGCGGUGGGUGCGGGAGGUGCAGCAGGAGCAGCAGGAGCGGCGAGAGCGGCAGGAGCGGCAGGAGCGCGGCGAGCGUCAGGCGGCGGCGGCAGGUGCGCGCUGA